CUUCUUCUUCUCAUCUUCCUUGCUUCUGCUCUUUAAUUCUGAUUCCGAACAAAAUAAUAAUAAUAAUAAUUAAUUAAUUAUUUUUUAAAAAUAUUUUGAGAGAGAAACAAAUUUCUAUUUUUAAUUAUUAACAAUCUCCACACAGGAACAAACGAACACGAAGACGAAUCGCCUAAGGAAUCAAAAUCAUGAGAUGCAUUAUAAAUUUUUUAUUUUAUUUUAUAUUUAAAAAUAAAUAAGAAUUUAAUUUUUAUUUAUACUCUCUUUCAUUCUUGGUCGUUUUAUUAUUAGUUAAGGUCUGGUUUUGCUGAGCCCCAGAUCUUGAACACCAAAUAAAGAAAGUUUCAGAUUCAAGAUUAUGAAAUCAAAAUACUUAAACUAUCUACUUGCCUUCAUCGGAGAUCUUUCAUUCAGUUUCAGAUUGUUGAAGAAUUAUUAAUUAUUUUGAUGUAAAGAAUUACAUUAUGUGGAGGUAGCUAGAGCUUCUGAUAUCUUUAUGCUGAGUAAGAUAAAAUGAAGUCAGUUAAAGCAUGGCGUGUCGGCAACAUGGGAGAUUUGCAGAUUUUGCAGGGCUCUCGCCACCGCCCUCCCUUGAAGAGGCCGGUUUGGAUUAUUGGGUUGGUGUCAUUGGUAAUUCUGUUUCUAGUUUUUGCUUACGUAUAUCAACCCCAUACUCGCGGUGCCUGUUACGUGUUCUCUUCUAAAGGUUGCACCUUUACUGAUUGGCUUCCACCAGUUCCGUUAAGGGAACUGACCGAUGAAGAGAUCGCAUCUGGUGUUGUUAUUAGGGAUAUUUUGAACACGCCUCCUAUUCAGUCGAAAAAUUCUAAAGUCGCUUUCCUAUUCUUGACUCCUGGUCCGUUGCCUUUUGAGAUGCUGUGGGAUAAGUUUUUUCAUGGUCAUGAGGGUAGAUUUUCAGUAUUUGUCCAUGCAUCAAAGGGUAAACCAGUGCAUUUUAGUCGAUACUUCAUUAAUCGGGAAAUACGCAGUGACCAGGUUGUUUGGGGAAGAAUUUCAAUGGUUAAUGCGGAGAGAAGACUAUUGGCAAAUGCUCUCAAAGAUCCUGAUAAUCAGCAUUUUGUGUUACUUUCUGACAGUUGUAUACCCCUGCAUGAUUUUGACUAUGUCUACAACUAUCUGAUGUACUCAAAUACAAGCUUCAUUGACUGCUUUGAGGAUCCUGGUCCACAUGGGAAUGGCCGGUAUUCUGAACACAUGUUGCCUGAAAUUGAGAUUCAAUACUUUAGAAAGGGUGCACAGUGGUUUACUAUGAAGAGGCAGCAUGCUGUAAUAGUUAUGGCUGACAAUCUUUACUACUCUAAAUUCCGUGAUUACUGCAAGCAUGGUGUGGAUGGUAAAAAUUGCAUUGCUGAUGAGCACUACUUACCAACCUUUUUCCAUAUGAUUGAUCCUGGUGGAAUUGCCAACCGGUCGGUUACACAUGUUGAUUGGUCUGAAAGGAAGUGGCAUCCAAAAUCUUACAGGUCUCGAGAUGUUUCUUACGAGCUUCUGAAGAAUAUUACGUCAGUUGAUAGAAGUGAGCAUGUAACAAGUGAUGAUCAGAGGACUGUGUUGUUAAGGCCUUGCCUAUGGAAUGGUAUCCGACGGCCAUGUUACUUAUUCGCCAGGAAAUUCUAUCCAGAUACCAUUGAUAACUUGUUAAGCCUUUUCAGCAAUUAUACAACACUCUGAGGGAAAUAUUUUUGACUCUUUUAUUCUUUGGUCUGAUUGAACAGUUGUUUUCAACCUCUUCUUUCUUCAUCGUGGCUCCCAUUGCAAAGUUGUAAAUUGCCACAUUAUUAUUGAGGUUGGAAUGUUCCCUUUCCACGAUUCUUAAGUUCCAGGGGCAACAUGGAGAGCUAUAAGAUUUGACUUGUGUUUUCUAGACUGGAUGCCAACAGCUUAGUGCUGCUUCCUUAGGGCUGGGUAAUUUGUUGUCCAUUUAUGGGCUGUUAAUGAUGUAUUUCCAGUGCAGAAAAUUUUGUGGGGGAUGUUUCUAGUUGUAAUUUAUGUUGAAUUUUUGUAAAACUUAAAACAUAUGAAGUUGCAAACAAUCAGCUUUUAGAGGUAAAAAAUUUCAUCUGUUUUCUCUCCA